UGCUCAACCGCUCUCUUAACAUCACUCCUCAGCGACCAGUCGUCACGUCAACAUCUCAAGAAACUUGGUGUGUUAACGUACAACAUCUCAACCCGCGAAACACCAAAAAAAAAAAAACAAAAUACCUCCUGGCAAAUUUGAAACUUGAAUAAUUACAACUACCUCAUUUUGCAUAAUUGGUGAAGUUUUUUUAAUAAAGGACAAAGUCAGUGCAAACGCCUCUACCUCAAAGUACAAAAAAGUGCGCGAAACGGAAAUACUCCAUAUCCUAAAAGUGAAAAUUGCUCAAAUGAAAAUUUGUUCAAACUAAUCGAAUCGAUAGCUGAUUUCUAAGUGGUUUUGCUCAAGUGAAGGCAAAAGCGACAUCGCAAUCCCAGAAAUACCAACAUAUUUAUGGCCAUAUCAAUGCUACAGGACGCCCAGACGCGAAGCUUAGCUGCUGCAUUAGCUGGCAUCAAGAGAGAAGACGUCGCCGUUGACCGCUCCAUGUCGCUGUCGCCCCCCAUGUCCGCCAACACAUCAGCCACUAACGCUGCCGCCAUGUACCCAGCCAUCGGCCUCCAGCAGGCGGCGGCUGCCUCGGCUUUUGGGAUGCUCUCGCCCACCCAGCUGCUGGCCGCCAACCGCCAGGCUGCCGCCUUUAUGGCCCAGCUGCCCAUGAGCACACUGGCCAACACACUGUUCCCGCACAACCCGGCGGCUCUGUUCGGAGCCUGGGCUGCCCAGCAGUCGAUGCCGCCCCAAGGCACACACUUGCACUCGCCGCCCGCCAGCCCACACUCGCCUGUGGCUACGACGCCCCUGGGCAGCGGCAAGCAUCCCCUCGGCUCCCCCAACAGCACGCCCCAGCACCACGAGCCUGCCAAGAAGGCCCGCAAGCUGUCGGUGAAGAAGGAGUUCCAGACAGAGAUCAGCAUGAGCGUGAACGACCUCUACCACACCCCGGGCGGACCCAUCUCCCCGCCGUCCAGCGGUAGCUCGCCAAACUCCACCCACGAGGGAGUGAGCGCUGGGAACAGCGGUGCUUCCAAGGAUCCUUCUCGCGACAAGAGCUUCACCUGCAAGAUCUGCUCUCGCAGCUUCGGCUACAAGCACGUCCUGCAGAACCACGAACGCACCCACACCGGCGAGAAGCCCUUCGAGUGCCCGGAGUGCCACAAGCGUUUCACCCGUGACCACCAUCUGAAAACCCACAUGCGCCUGCACACCGGCGAGAAGCCGUACCACUGCUCCCACUGCGAUCGCCAGUUCGUCCAGGUGGCCAACCUGAGGCGCCAUCUCCGCGUCCACACCGGCGAGCGGCCCUACACUUGCGAGAUCUGCGACGGAAAGUUCAGCGACUCGAACCAACUCAAGUCCCACAUGCUGGUCCACAAUGGAGAAAAGCCUUUCGAGUGCGAACGCUGCCACAUGAAGUUCCGACGGCGCCACCAUCUGAUGAACCACAAGUGCGGCAUCCAGUCGCCGCCCACUCCGGCUCUGUCGCCAGCCAUGAGCGGGGACUUCCCCAUGGCCGUCACCUCCAUGGCUCUGGAGGCGUCCACCAACAAGUUCGCGGCAAUGUGCGCCAGCUACGGCGGCUCGGAGGAGUCGGUGGAUCUCGAGAAGGGCGCCAUGGAGGAUGAUGCUCCCCUCGACUUGUCCGAGGACGGCGCCAGCUCGGUGGACGGACACUGCAGCAGCUCUGGCCGCCGCAAGGCUGCUGACAUUCGCCGAGUGUUCCGCCUGCCUCCUCCACAGAUCCUGCACGUUCCCAGCGACAUGCCCGAGCAGACCGAGCCCGAGGACUUGAGCAUGCACUCGCCGCGCUCCGCCGAGUCUCACGAUCAGGCCGAAGACAUCGACUUGGACGACCUGGAUGACGCUGCCGCUCUCUAUAUGCGCCAGCAGCUCCACUAGACCACUAGUCCCACUGCCAAUUGUACAUAGCUGUGGUCAGUUUUCAUCAGAUGAAGUUGACGGUCAAACAAAUCCACACAAAAUUGAAAAUUUUGCAAUUCGAGUGGAGGGCAAGAAUGUUGCAACAGGAAUUUAAUGCUAAGUACAACUAACUAUAGAUCAACGAUUUAGACACUUAUAGAACUAAUAGCACCCAAAUCAAAAGCUAAAGAAUUGUACAAAACUAGAAGAUACAAUUGCCACAAGCUUAUUGCCGCCAAAACCCCACCAAAUCGAACCGAAAAUGUCGUGCCAUUCUCAUGUCUAAUUUAAGUUAAUGUUUUAAGUUCUUUGAAUCUCUCCAGAUUGUACAUAUAUAUCCACCCAGCAAAUUAAUGCUGCCAAUUGUAAAUUAUACAGCGCUCCAAAAAAUGUUAUUGUGCUAAAAAAACGAAAGAAAAAAAUCUAUUUGCACCUAAUUUUUAUUGUUUACUUAAGCCUAUUUUAAUCUUACGAAUUCUUAAAGAAACAAUGCCAAUAAUCACAAAAUCAAAAUUAACUUUAAGUUAAAAUAAUAAAUCAUUUUUAUUCUCUAAUUGUUUUGUUUGCUAUUGAUAUUUAAAACAAUUAUUUAACUAGCUAGAGCCUAAUUAUUGCAUGAAUCUCGUUUCAUUGAUCCAAAAGAUAUGUUUUAGCUUAUAUAUUUAAAUCUAUAUUUAGUUUAACAGUUGCGCAUGCAAUACAAAAAAUAAAAUUAUCAAAACAACGUUAUUUCUUUUUAUUUGAAACCUCUUCCCGAAAAGUGAUUAUCCUUUAUUUUGUCCUGAAAAGCACCCACACAUAUAGCUCAACGCAUAAUCACACCUGUAUAUAAGUAAUGUCACCUAACCAGUAAACCCAGUACUGUAAGCAUUAGCUCUAAUUGUAAGAAUUGAACCAAGUAAACAGGAAGAAAUGCUAUAACCAAAUACCUCCAAUACCUCUAUGUAUCGAAAUUGUUGUGAGCUAAUCGUAUAUAUACAACAAUUUGGCAAUCGUACAAUUCAACUGAAUUUAUAUACAACGUUUAAGAUGAAAUCGAAACUCAAACCAAAGUUAUAUGUAUUGUAAUUUUGAUGGAUAUUUUAUCGCAACCUAACAUUGAAUACGAUUUUUGAGCAUUCGCUAGCCUAAGACUAGGGACUAAGUGUAAAUACAUCAGCCAGUAGUAGUGGUAGUUCAGCCUAAUCUGUAUAUAGUUUAGAGUGUAUAUAGCGAAAUCCAACGUAUACUACAGAAUAAUUUUAGUGCAAUCUUUGGUUCAAACGGUCGACGAGCGUUUUCGUCGACACCCUUUGAGUUAGUUCGUUCUAAUAUCAUAAAAUGCAACAAAAUAUUGUGUAAUUUUCUUUGUUCAUUCAAAUGUAUGGUAUACAAGUUCCUCAAGAUUAAAUGAUUACAAAAAUAAUAAAUCGGAUAGCGAGCGCCAGUCGAGUCCCCUCGAAGCUCGGCGCAUUGCACAAAGACCUCACCACAUGUUUCACAUUAAUUGUGUAUAUUAAUACUCACUAUGUAACUUUAGCAUAUUUAAAACUAAGUACUUAUAUGUAUGAUAACAAGGUCAAUUUAUGUAAAUACUAAAUACUAAUUACCCUUACUAUAGCUCAAGUUGUGCAAUAUAACAUAUGCAACCUUAUACUACAAAACUAAACCAAUAUCAAGGCUCCUCUCCAGUCUCGUAUUAGUCACUAGCCGACAUACUAUACUAGGAAAUUAAAACUAGACAAAUUAUACUGUAAUAACUGAAAUUAUUGCAUUGGAUGUGUCUAUAAACGUACGAAUAUGUUAAGUUAGAGCCGUCAGUUUGUCGUAUCAAUUUUCUCAUUAUUGUUGCACCUUCAGGCAUUGAAAAGACAAAUCUACGCGUAU